AUGGCCUCUACUCAACCGAGGCGCUCCGCGCGUAUCGCAGCCCGGCGCAAGGCCACUACAUCCCAGGCCGCCUCAGCCUUGCUAGAAUCCCCAGAGCAUCCACUUCAGGAAUUAGCAAUGCCAACAGCUCAAGAUGUUCCAGAAGCAGAAUCUUCAUCGAACGACCAGUUACACGUCGAACCAGCGUCGGACACUUUAUAUCACCGGACACUUUGGAGAAAAACUUCUAGAAUGGGUUGCGUAUGCUUCUUCAUCGCGACUUUUGCCCGGAUUGUCCUAUUCAUGGGCCAGCGGCUCCCACGGGGGGCAUAUCAUGAAAUUUCGCUACUCAAUGAUCUCCUCAACGCCGCCAUCACACAAUCGGUCCUUUCGCAUAUCUUAACCUACCACGACCUUCAGCCUCUCCUUGCAGCGCACAAGUCCUUUCGUCUCCCUAUUCAUCAGUCGAUAUUGGAAUAUGCUCGCUAUCAUCGACAUUCAUCAUUAAUUCCUGCCGGCAGUCCAUGGCUCUUCUCACCCGUUGCAAGGCGAUACUUGCUCAACAGCACCGAGCAUAAUUACACGGAGACUCAAUUCGAUAUGGUACCAUGGGUCAAUUUCCAUGAAGACUUGGUGAAGGUGCUUGAAAUCAUGGCCGACGAUCUGGCCUGGCUCGCGAAGAACGCAUCCACUUCCGAUCUCUUCACAGGGGUUGUCAAUUCUGAGAGCUGGCUUGCCAACAGCAAAAGUACCGACAGGAUGAGCGAUUCCCAGUUCAGCGAGUCUUCUACUGAUGGUAGCCUGCAAAUGGACGAGGCGAUUCCAUGGUGCUCUGUCAGUCAAUCUGUAACCUGCGACACCCAAACAAUACGUUUUAAUUCGCUUCUAUAUGACCUGAACAAAACAAUCAGUACCGCAGUGGAGUAUUGGCUACAGCCAUCAGAGCACCGAUUGAAUUGGGGGAUAUUGCAUGCCGGUGCUCGAGGUAUGUUGUUUGUCGUCGAAUUGGACCUCGAUUUCACAUUAAAUCUCCGGGAGGAACACGGGAUAUGGUUAAGUGCCAACGGAAGUGCGAUUCCAAACUCAGACAUGCCCCGAAUCGAAUGCUUGAAGAGACACAAUUCAUCCGACCCUGUUGACGCAUUCGAAUCGUGUGAUAUUUUUAUCCCCUCCACAGUCGACUUCGCAUCAGCUCAGGUACAAAACUUAACUGCCCAAGACAUGUUAAAAUUAGCAACCGACGCCAGUCAACACAUGUCACCAACAGUUUCAGAAGAUCCAGAAACCUAUCUUUUAGUAUUCAAAUCACACUUGGAAGAGCUAAAGAGAGUUACCAGGGGGCUGAUUCAGCACAUGGAGGACGUGCUCUUCUACUUCGACACAACGAAGAUGGCCGAGCAAGUACAUGAAAAGGCAUGGAACGAGCAUUAUCGCAUCCGUAUUGAGUGCCGUCUAGCUCGGUUGAAAAAAACGCUCCUCUUUCUACGAGAGAUUGCUCUGACAAGGCUCGAGGAUCAAAUAGAGCGGGUCGUUAUUGCUUUACUUAUCGUGAAGGAUGUCAACUCGCAGCGCCAACAUAUUCAAGAGACUGCGCAUAGUCUCCGAAGCCCAAACUCGUGGAUAUUACCGCCUCACCCAAUGAGCUCCUGGCGAGGCUGGUUAUGUUGGGUGGUGGGCUUGACGCCAUACACAAGCCGGAGGCUGGUUUUCCCAUCCCUAGAGGAUAUGCUAACUGAUGCCAAUAAAGCAUCAGGAUGGGUUUGGAAAUUGAUAGACUAUGACAAGUUUCUUACAGAAGAGCUCUCCAAGACCUUUGAGGUGGCUGAUAACAAAUAUGGAAAAUCAUAUUCGCUAUUGAGCUCCUCUUUCGGAGGUCCUGAACAAUGCAAGAACGUCAACCUAAUAGAUUUUGUUAAUCACCAAGUUGAGCCUGCGGAGCAAGAUCUCCCAUCCGACGAAUUAAGCGAAGCUCAACCUCAUCGGCUCGAUGGAGACAUUGGAGCAGAGGAGCAGCUAGUGGGAGUAGAGGAUACCCAAGUAGAUGAAGAUUGGGUUAAUGAAAUGGAGUGGGCCAAUCUUCCCCCAUUCGACAGAUUGUACUACAACUCCGUUAGGGUGAUCGCGGACUUCUGGGAGUCGAGAACGCCCCGAGUUUAA